AUGAUCGUCCCAGCAACCUCAUGGCUGACUCGACUGCUAAUCGAUUCUUGUCAUCGCCGGACCUUGCACGGAGGAGUGCAACUGACUCUGGGAUUGCUUCGACAGCGGUUCUGGGUGCUUCGAGGACGUUCAGCGGUGAAGCAGCGAUUACAUCGCUGUGUCACCUGCACAAGGUGGCGAGCGACAACACCACAACCACCUAUGGGCAAUCUGCCCCACAGCCGGGUCACUCCAACACGGCCAUUCCUCCGCACUGGACUGGACUACGCGGGGCCAAUCCUCAUCCGGACCAGCAAGGGCCGCGGUCACCGGGCCUACAAGGGCUAUAUUGCGGUCUUCAUCUGCUUCUGGUCGAAGGCCAUCCAUCUAGAGCUCGUCUCAGAUUACUCGUCGGAAGCCUUCAUCGCCGCUCUUCGCCGAUUUGUCUCCCGACGGGGUCUCUGCACCGACAUCUUCAGCGACUGCGGCACGACCUUCGUUGGAGCUGACCGCACCCUACGAGAGCUCUUCAUUGCGGCAUCUCCGGAGGGUCGAGGCGUCGCACGCGCAGCUGCCAAGGAGGGUAUCCGCUGGCACUUCAAUCCGCCGGCGGCCCCGCACUUCGGUGGAUUAUGGGAGGCCGCUGUAAAAUCUGCCAAGUAUCACCUGCGGAGGGUGAUAGGCGAAACCACCCUCACCUUCGAGGAAUUAAAUACACUCCUCACUCAAAUUGAAGCAUGUCUCAAUUCUCGACCGUUGCAGGCACUCUCCGACGAUCCAGACGAUGUUUCAGCGCUCACUCCCGGACACUUCCUGAUCGGGGCACCUCUUCUCGCCAUCCCUGAGCCGCUGCAGGAAGACGAACCUGGUUCCUCGAGAUCACGAUGGCAACAUCUACAACAAAUGAGAGAUCACUUCUGGGGGAGGUGGUCGAAGGAGUACAUCCACGGACUCACCUCUCGUCCAAAGUGGCUGAAGAAUGAGACGGCACCCCACAUCGGAGCUCUCUGCCUGGUGCGCUCCGAGAUCUCUCCUCCAAGUCGAUGGCCGCUUGCCCGGAUCACGAAGCUGCAUCACGGAGACGACGGCGUGGUGCGCGUGGUCACCAUCAAGACCGCGUCUUCCGAGUUCAUGCGUCCGCUCGUCAAGAUCGUCCUGCUUCCCGGUGUUGAAGCAGACACGACGAUUACCGAUGCGUGA